AGAAGUGCAUAGCAGCUACCUAUUGACAACUAAGCUAGUGAGUCAGCCGGCAAGAAAAUGUAUUGCAAACGUCAGUGAGAGAAUAUCCAAUGAGAGUAAAUCGGACUUGUUCUGUCUAUAACGUUGAGCAAAAUAGCCUACGUAGCGUAUGCAGCUAACGGUGGAUAGCUAUCGGGGAAAAAACUGGCAACACCGGACAGCUGGCGAGCGCCAAACUAGCAAGCUAGCGUUAAUUUAGCUGCAGCAUAACGAGCUGUAGCCAUAUUUCAAUAUUAUCAUUAUUAACAAUAGUAAAAUUAGUCUGUUUUAUCUUAUGUGUUAGCUAACGUUAGCGUUACAGGAGAGAAAUAAGAUGAACCAGCUGCAAAAUUUACUAACGGAUUGCUUAAUCAACACAAAAAAGGUUGAAAAUGCAGCUAUCUUUACCACAAAAAACGCAGCUGUAAGUGCAGCGUCCCAGAGGUUUAAUAUUGCGGUGCCACAGAUCCAGAUGUUAAUAGACUUCUUCCAGCAUACAAAUCAGAUGAGGGAGGAGGGUGUCCAUUUCCUGGGAAAGAAUUACACCUGCAUCAGAGCUGACAAGAACUCUAUAUACUGUAAAUCGAAUGAACAUGGGCUAAUAUUAGUGAGAACAGCUGUGUACGUAAUAGUUGCCACGUACAACGACAGCAUGUACUGUAGCGUGUGCGUGGAAGCAGUUGAGAAGUUGGCUGAAUAUCUAAGAGAAAAGGGAAAAUGAAUCCAGAAGAAACUCAAGGAGGGAACAUCGUUUGGUAACAUGGAAUUCUGAUGCGUAAGCUUUGGGCAGCGUAACGCCACACUGAUAUGUUCUUAUUACGGAAACAGAGAUCACUUCAAGUGGCUCAUUGAACUCUGUGUAAAUGGAUUAAGCUAUUAGAGCAACUUUAAGCCUAUAUAUCCUAACAACACUUCAUUCAGCCUUAGGAGUACACAGAAAAGCUGAAGUAACCAUUAGGCUAUAUGUUUUGUUGACAUUUUUCUUAUGUAACUAUUAUUUCAUUGCCAAAAUGUAAUUUACUCAUUAAAUGAUGUUACAGUA